AUGCCCCUCGCUCUGCCGCCGCCUGGCUCUGGACCGCAGCCGGGUAAUGGCUGCUGCGGCGGCUGCUGGAUGGUUGCAGCGACUGGGCCUGCUUCUCCUCAGCAGCUAGAGGCCUGGCCGCGGCGGCCGCGAGACGGGAAGGAGACGGAGAAUCCUCGGCACGGCCGCUGCCUCCGCCGGCGGCCUCCGCAGCCCGGGCCGGGGGUGGUGCGGCGGCGGCGGAGGGGAGGUUUACAGCCGGCCCGGGUCCCUGGACGUGCCGCCGCCGCCGCCGCCGUGUUGGAGGCACCGGGUUGCGCACGCUGGCGGCCGGCGCUGCCCGUGCCCGACUGUGAAAUACGGGACGGUAGGAAGCGGCAGCCUGAGAGUGGGCGGGGCCGGGGAGACCGAGGAGGGUUCAAAAGGCGGUGGAGGGAUACGCGGGCCACAGUCGGAACUACUUUCAGGAGGAGGUCACGUGUGUUCCUAGUUGGGGAACUUUCCAAAUUCCCACUCCCCUAUGAUGGCUCGGGAGGCAAGUGCCUCGCGUCCUUCGCCCGGGGUGCCGCUGCCGUCUGUCGGCAGCGGGACCCCGAGCCUCCGGUCGCGGCGGAAAAACAGGCUCCUACGAGCCUCCGGCCCGAGCGCUGUCGAUGCUGGCGCCUGGGGAGCUGGUUACACAAGCACCCACCUUCAAGCACGUGCCCCGCCUCCCCGCAUUGCUGGCCGCGGCCGCGGCUUCUCGCGGACCUCGGAGGGAGAGCUCCCAAGCGGCUCCUACCCAUUCGCGUGCUACCUACCGAGCCAGCGAAACUGCCAAGACUUGAGACUUGGAGCUCCGGCUCGGCCAACAGUGCGCGUUCCUAA